UUCCUGAUGUGAGGCUGACUGACUCGUCAGAGAACAAGUGCAGCAGUGCAGUGUUUGUUUCUGUCCUCAGUAGGUGAAGUACAGUCUGUGUGGUGAUGUCUUCCUCCGGCGGAGCCGCUGGAGGGAUCCACGGCCUCCUCCUCAAACUUCACGAGUCACUUGCAGACGAAGACGCCCGAUCUGCGGCGUUGACGUGUCACGACACAGUCGGGGACUUGGCGCAAGAGUGCAUGUUAACAUCCAACGAGAAUGAUCUUGUUUUACAGACGUCCUUGUUGUUCUCUAAAGACUACGGACUGCUCAGCCUCCUCAGGAAGUCCCUGUCGUCAGACGAGUUCAGGGAGAGCCGAGUUCAGAUCCUGUGUUUUUUGGGGACGUUCUUGGACAGAGUUUCACCCCAAGUCAAAGGUUGGGAGAAGACAUAUGCCACUGACAUAAAAGACAUAUGCAUGGUUGUGUAUAUAAAGGAUAAAGUGGCCAAAUGUAGGACUACAGUGCUGGAUCUCCUCAUCAAGGUUCUCCAAACAACAAAGGCCUCCAGUGUCGCUGCAGACUUCAGAAUCUGCGAGAUGUUCGACAAAUUCUACGGCGAGCUUUGUCAGAAGAGCAGACUGCCAGAUUCGGUACUUGGCAAAAUCUAUGAGUUGCUGGGAGUUCUUGCAGAGGUUCACCCCAGUGAAAUGGUCAACAACUCUGACAAACUCUACAAAGCCUUUCUGGGAGAGCUGAAAGAGCAGAUGACUUCUUCGACAAAGGAACCAAAACUUUUUGUUGUUGCUGGAUGUUUGAUAGGAAUCACUGCUCUAAUGGUCAACUUUACUAAAUCCAUGGAAGAAGAUCCAGCAACAUGUAAGGAGAUUUUUCAGUUUGCCCUGAAGGCCAUCAGUCCCCAGAUGGAAAUGAGUCGCUACGCUGUCACAUUUGCCGGGCUGAGAUUGUUUGCCAGACAUGCGUCCCAGUUCAGCAGCUGCCUGAUGGAUCACUACAGGGCUUUGUUCGAGGUUAUGUCCAAGCGCUGCGGACACAUCAAUGCCGAGAUGAAGAAGACAAGUUACUAUGCACUUGAGGCCCUCCUCAAGCAGGUCGCAAUGCUGGUGGCUGAAAACACGGAGGAGCAUAAAAGUAAGCUGAAGUUCUUCAUGCAAAAGUUCUGCGGCAUCAUCAAGACCAUGGACUCGACACACAAGGAGCUGUCCAUCGCCAUUCGAGGAUAUGGAUUCUUUGCAGCUCCUUGCAAGAAAGUUUGCCCACAAGACGUGGACCUGAUGUACACGGAGCUGAUCCAGCGCUGUAAGCAGAUGUACCUGACGGAGUCCGACGGGGAGGACGACGACAGCUUCUACCAGCUGCCCAGCUUCCUGGACUCCAUAGCCAGUGUCCUGAUUCACCUGGACAAGGUCCCGGAGGUGUACACGCCGCUCCUGGAGCGUCUCCUCGUGGUGCAGAUUGACUACUUCCCUCAGUACAGCGAGAGAAUGCAGACGACUUGUUGCCGGUCCAUCCUGAAGGUGCUGGUGGCCAUCGCCUCUAAAGGGCCGGUGCUGUGGAGUUUCAUCGGCUCAGUGGUGCACCAGGGUUUGAUCCGAGUCUGUUCCAAACCCAUCAUGCUCUCUGAGAACAAAGACGGUGGAAACAUGGAGUCAUCCAAAGUUCUUACUGGGAAGUGGAAAGUUCCAUCUAGUCACAACUACCUUGCUCUUUUUAAAGGACUUUUGGACUGUGAUCACUUGAAGGAUUCAGGAUUUUUGGACGGAGCCUUUGAAAGUCAGAACACCGCUCUCGUGCCGCUCAGCCGCCUCCUUUAUGAUGAGUUGGUGAAAUCCAUUCUCAGAAUUGUGGAGAAGUUGGACCUGUCAGUGCAGAAAGUGACGACAGGCGAGGAGGCUCCGGACGACGCAGCCCACGUCCUGCCCUCUUCUGACCCCAUGGCUCAUCUGUUGCCCAACAAGAUCAAGGACUUCACAGCCUUUAUCAACAUGGUUGAGUUCUGCAGCGAGUUGUUGCUGACCAGACAUGCAGAGUAUUUUCAGUCCUGGAUGUAUCCGUUAAGCCACGAACUCAUCCUCCACUCCAUACGAAAUCCACUCGUCAGUGGCUUCUACAAGCUGCUAUCUGUCACAAUGAAGAUUGCCAAGAGAAUCAAGUACUACCAGGGAGUUGGCCUGAGGAACUCCACCUCCCCCAAGAGUGACCCAGUGAAAGGUGCAUGUUUUGCGCUCUUUGCCAAGUUUGGAAAAGAGGUGUGUGUGAGAAUGAAGCAGUACAAAGACGAGCUGCUGUCAUCCUGCUUGACAUUCGUCCUCUCGCUGCACCACAACAUCGUGGCUCAGGACAUCAAGGCCUACUGUCCUGCUCUUGAGGCGGCUCUGAAACUUGGUCUGAGCCAUGUUCCUUUGGCCAACGCAGCCCUGGAUGCCCUUGAGGACUGGUCCUCCCACAUUCCCCUGGAGACUCUGCAGCCCUGCUACACCAACAUCAUCCCUCUUCUGGACGGAUACCUGAAAACCACCUCCAGCAUUAACAAAGACGACAGCAGCUGGGAGGUGAUGUCUUCUUUAUCCUCAAGAAGUGACAGAGGAUACAGCAGAGUGAUGACGAGGCUUCUGAAGCAAUCCAAGCAGUUUUCUAUGGAAGAUGCUCCUCUUGUCGCGGUGAGGCUCCGUGUGGUGAAAUUGCUCGGCCACCUGGGAGGAAAGCUGAACAGGAACCUUGUAACUGUGAAAACAUCCGAGGAAAUGAUGAAGAAAUUUGUUGCCUGGGACUCGGAGAGAAGGCUGAGUUUUGCGGUGCCAUUCAGCGAUAUGAAGCCGGUCAUCUACCUCGACCCAUUUCUGCCCCACAUCAGCGAACUGGCUCUGUCCACAAGUGACCGACAAACCAAAGUGGCAGCCUGUGAGCUGCUGCACAGCCUGGUGGUCUACAUGGUUGGGAAGAGUGCUCAGAUGGUGGAAGGGAAGAAUAGUUUGCCACCAAUGUACAAGCUACAUAAGAAGCUGUUUCCUGUGCUACUGCGUCUGGGGUGUGAUGUCGAUCAGGUGACCAGGCAGCUAUUUGAACCACUGGUCAUGCAGCUGAUUCACUGGUUCACCAACAACAAGAAGUUUGAAAGCCAAGAUACAGUAGCUGUUCUGGAGGCCAUACUGGACGGUGUGGUUGAUCCCAUGGACAGUACCCUGCGAGACUUCUGUGGCCGCUGCCUUGAAGAGUUUGUCAAGUGGUCGAUCAAACAAACCACCCCCAAGCAGCAGGAGAGGAGCCCGACUAAUAUGAAGUCCCUGUUUAAGCGGAUCUACAGCUUUGCACUCCAUCCCAAUGGCUUCAAAAGACUGGGUGCUGCCUUAGCAUUCAACAGUAUCUACAGACAUUUCAGGGAGGAGAAUUCCCUGGUGGAGCAAUUUACCUUUGAAGUUCUCGUCAUAUUUGUAGAAAGCCUGGCUCUCGCACACUCAGAUGAGCGAUCAAUGGGUACACUGCAGCAGUGUAGAAGUGCCAUUGACCAUCUGAAAAGAAUCAUCAAACACAAAGCCCCCAGUCUCAAUCAGCACAAUGCUAAGAGACGUGUCCCAAGGGGCUUCCCUCCUGAUGAAAAGCUUUGCCUGUCAGAUUUGGUUUUAUGGCUUUUGGAACAAUGUGGCCGCCCUCAGACAGAGUGUCGACACAAGUGCAUGAAGCUCUUCUAUGAGUUUAUUCCUCUCCUCCCAGAAAAACAGUCUCCACCCCAGUGGCUGGAUGGCAUGCUAAAGGAUCACGGCGUAAACUUCCUGAUCUCACGGUUUGAGGGAGGAGGGCUCCUGUCCCAGCCCACUCUCAGGGACCUGACGGGCCCUUUCAGUGUCCGAGCCACGCUGCAGUGGAUGGACCUGCUGCUGGCUGCCCUGGACUGCUACAACACCUUCAUCAGCUUACACAUCAUCAAGCCUCAACACAUGCCGAGCUCAAAAGACAAGUCAAGUUUUCUGAAAGCUACACAUUUCUUUUUGACUGAGCUGGCAACUCACGAACUGGUCGCAGCGGAGAGCUGUUUCCCUCUCGGCGUGAGGAGCUCUCACUUCAGCCCAAGAGAGGUUGACCAGUACAACUACAGCAAGUGCACCAUCAUUGUUCGCCUGCUGGAAUUUGCCACGAUGAUUCUUGUCAAAGGAGACCAAGAGUCUUGGAAGCUUCUGGAACAAGAUCUUUUUUGCUCAGUUUUCUUCGAGUUGACUGCGCUGGUGGUGUGUCAGCCAUCCACUGUUGGUUUUAACAUGGCCGAUGUGGAGGUAAUGAAGAACCUACCAGAAGUGUGUGUUCCUCUACUGAGGGCCCUGCUGAACUCGACGUUCCGCACUCGUCUCGAAAGCAGCUUGCAGACAAAGAUCUCACGUACAAGUGUAGAGGAGUUGUGUGCCGUAGACUUCUACCAUUCAGGUACUUUAAGCCGCCAUGACCAGAUGGAAAUGCUUCUGUCUUCCUGUAAGCAGAUGCACAAGGCUGGCUUCCUUAGCCACAUCCUGAACAGCCAGGACUCAGCCUAUGCCGAUUCCCUGGGGUCCCGACUUCUAAUGACAGUGUAUAAAGGCAUAGCGCCCGGUGAGGACAGGAAGGCCCUUCCAUCCUUGGACAUAAAUACGAGGAGGGUGGCAGAUGGCCUGCUUCAGCUUGCCUUUUGUCUCAGUCAGCAGAGUGAGGAGCUGGUGGACCUGCUGUUGAACACCAUCAUGCUCUCUGUGCCAAUAUCUGGAAGUCAUAGCCGAAACUUCCUGAGCUUCUCGCACGGCGAGUACUUCUACAGCCUCUUCCAGACGACCAUCAACGGCGAGCUGCUGAGAUGUCUUGAUGCCACAGUUCCAGCCCUCAUGAAAGCCUCCUCCCAAAAUCCUGGCAUGGUGAGUGUGUUGCUGAAUGGCAUGCUGGACCACAGCUUUAAAGAGCGCUCUGUGAGGAAGACUCAGGGAAAACAGCUGGUUGAAGAGGUGCUAAGAAGGUGGAGUAGUCUACAGCCGUGGUGGGAAGGACACUCUUCCACCCCGGAAAGCAAAACUGCAACUCUCUUACUGCUCUCCAAGCUCCUGCAGAUUGACUCCUCUGUCUGCUCCAAUAUCAACCAUGAAGCGUUCAGACUGGUGUUUUCCACUUUCACUGUGCUGCUGGUUGACAUGAAUCUGCCACUGAAUCUCAAGAGUCAGGCGCUGUUAUUGUUGCCCUUCCUCACAACCCUCCCGGAGGAGCCGCUCGACGAGCUGCAAAGCGCCCUUGACACGCUGGUAGUUUCCCACUUCCCCAUGCAGUCCGAUGAGUUUGCUAAAGGCUCACUUCACCGCAACAACUACAUGGAUUGUAUUCGAAAGUUGCUGGAUGCCCUGCAGCUUUCUCAGAGCCCACUACUGCUCAAACUGUUGUCAGGGAUUCUGUGUCGAGACAGAAAACACAUCAUGGAGGAGCAAUUCCAAACCUGUUUCCAGCGACUUGCAAAGCGGUCAAGCAGUGAGCGGCAGCUACAGCUGCUCUGUGCAGUGUAUGGGGUGAUCCAGCAAGGUGAUGUGCCGGUGAGCUCCAUGCUGCAGGCCAUGAUGGAGAGAGUUCUGCUGCCUCUGGCCUCUCACUGUAGCACCAAGGCCCUGACCGACUUCUUUGUGGCAAAUGUCCCUGACAUAAUGACUUUGCUGCUCAGUCGCUUCACCAAGUCAAGUGAAACGUCCUUUGAGACCCAGUUGCUGAAGAAGAAUGGCUGUUACAAGCUGAUGGAUCUGCUGUAUUCUCGACUUCCCAAAGAAGAGGUGUACUCCAAGGAAUCCCGCAUUAAUCAAGCCUACUGUCGCACAGACAAAACGGAGGGGAAUGAGUUGUCCAAGACGUUGAUCAGGUCGUGUUUUGAAGUUUUCACUGAGAACAUGGCUGGUGAGACUCAGCUCCUUGAACUCAGGAGAACCCAUCACUGUGCUGCAUACAACUGUGCCAUCGCUGUCAUCAGCUGCAGCUUCAGCGAGGCCAGGUUCUACCAUGGCUUCCUCUUCAGUGAGAAACCAGAAAAGAAUCAGUUCAUUCUGGAAAACAUCAUUGAUGUUGAAAGAACCUACAACUUUCCAGUUGAAAUUGAGGUCCCACUUGAGAGAAAAAAGAAAUACAUCAUGAUUCGAAAAGAAGUGAGCGAGGAGAAUGGAGAAGCGCCAGUUUACUUGUCCUCCCAGUCUUACAUGGCCGACAGCAGCCUGAGUGAGGAGAUGAGUCAGUUUGAUUUCUCCACCGGGGUCCAAAGCUUUUCCUUCAGCUCUCAAAACCCAGAAGGACAAAGACGCACCGUUGCAAAAAGAGAGACAGAGGAGACAAAUCCCUCCCAGGAUGCAAUGGUGGAUCUAGAAAUGGAUGAGCUAAAUCAGCAUGAAUGCAUGGCAACCAUGACUGGUCUUAUUGGACACAUGCAAAGGAACAACAUAACCCCCAAAAUUGAACAGGGAAACGUGCCGAGUGAACUCCCUCCAUGGAUGAAAUUUCUCCAUGGAAAACUAGCAAAUCCAGCAACACCUCUGAAUAUAAGACUCUUCAUCUCAAAGCUGAUCAUCAACACAGAGGAGGUGUUUCGACCAUAUGCCAAGCACUGGCUGGGGCCGCUGCUGCAGCUUGUUGUCUCUGGAAAAAAUGGAGGAGAGGGGAUCCAUUUCAUGGUGGUGGAUAUCGUGGUCACAGUGCUCUCUUGGACAAGCCUGGCCAGUCCCAAGGGUAACCCCAGAGACGAGGUUCUCGCCAAUCGUCUGUUGGAGUUCCUGAUGAAGCACAGCUUCCACUCCAAGAGGGCUGUUUUCCGACACAACCUGGAGAUCAUUCGCACUCUAGUAGAGUGCUGGAAGGACUGUCUGCAUGUGCCUUACAGUCUGAUUUUCGAGCGAUUUUGUUGCACCAACCCAAACAGCAAAGACAACUCGGUUGGACUUCAGCUGCUGGGAAUCAUCCUGGCCAACAACCUCCCUGCUCACGAUGCAUCAUGUGGAAUUGACUAUGAGAGGUACAGCCAGUCCCUCACCAACAACUUGUCCUUUGUAAGGUAUAAGGAAGUCUACUCAGCUGCUGCUGAAAUUGUCGGCCUCAUCCUGAAGAAUAUGACUGAGAUGGACAAUCAACAUCAACAACUUCUCAGUCUUGCUGCAAGUAAGAUAACAAACCUGAAGAGAACAGACAUGGACGACAAGUUCAUUAUUUGCUUGAACAAAGUGUCAAAGCACUUUCCUCCAUUUAUGGAUCGGUUUGUCAAUCAUGUGUUCUUCCUCCUGCCAAAGUUGCACGGUAUCUUAAAGACACUUUGCUUGGAGUGUGUGCUGAGCCGAGCCGACGUGAUCCCGGACAUCUUUCUGCAGCUUAAGACCACAGGCUUCAUUCAGAUGAUGGGCCAUAGGGAUGAAGCAAGGCAGAGAGUGUGUCUUGAUAUCAUCCACAAGAUCAUUGUCCUGCUGACUCCAGUUCAGCUUCAGGAGCUCCUGGGAGCUGUGACUGCUUUUGUGUCCCAUCCGUCACCAGUGUGCAGAGAGAGGAUGUAUGAUAUCCUCAUGUGGAUCCAGGACAACUACAGUGAUGCAGAGAGCAUGGAAGACAACACCUCAGUAGAGGUUUUGAAUGCAUCUAAAGAAACACUACUUCAGGGACUAUCUGAAGAAAACCAAGGCCUACAGCUUUAUGUUAGUAACUUCUGGAGUCAGGAGAAGCGCCUUCCCACUGCCACCCUUGACCGAAUGUUGUCAGUGCUCCGUUCCCUGUACUCAUGUCAAAUAGAAAGGUGUUUCUUAAGCCUGGUGACCAAUCUGCUUCUGGAAAUGACCAGCCAGAGUCCUGACUUCCAGCGAAACAUGUUUGAGUAUCCUCUGUCAGAGUGUACCUUCCAGGACUAUGUGAUUGAUUCCAACUGGCGCUUCAGGAGUACAGUGAUGACUCCUAUGUUUGCUGAAACCCAAAGCUCUCAAGUUCCGGAGAGUGCAGCAGCAUCCCAGGCUGGAUCCAUAAAGGGGAAGCUCAGAGCCACUCAGACGUCCCUUGAGUUCACCCAAACCCAAACAGCAGGUCGACGCACCGCAUAUAACUGGCUGACAGGCAGCAGCGUGGAUACACUAGCAGAGUACACGCUGGGCUCAGAAGCUCUGUCCUCACUGUUGGUGUUUGAUAAGAAAACAGAGAGGCAAACUCCAGCAAGAAGACCGGUCGGGGAAGGAUUCGGCCUGAGGCGCCUCGCUGCCCCGACCGAUGAUGUGGACAGUCGCACUAGAGCAGAAAAUGAGCAACGAAAUAACAUCCUGAGAUUGAGACGCAGAUUUCUCAAGGAUCAGGAGAAAGUCAGCUUGAAUUUUGCGCAAAAAGAGAUCCAACAACAGAGGCAGAAAAAGGAACAAAAAGCUGAUCAAAGACUGCGAAAAGAGGCCCAGGUGACUCUCUACCGUAACUACAGAGUGGGAGACUUUCCAGACAUCCAGAUCCCAUUCAGUAGCCUCAUCGCCCCCCUGCAAGCCCUCGCCCAGAGAGACCCAAUUUUAGCCAAACAGCUGUUCAGCUCCCUGUUUGCCGGUAUCCUCCAAGAAAUGGAAAAACACAAACCAGGGGAGAGUGGGAGGAUUAAAGAAGAGCUGCGGUGCAACAUGAACACAUUCCUGAGCAAGAGCACCCUCUGCUUCCCUCCGUUCAUCGCAUGUGUGCAGGAAAUGUGCUACCAGCAUAAGGAGCUGCAAAAGCUCGAUCCAGCAGCCAUCAGCUCCACGUGCCUGGUGAGCCUCCAGCAGCCGUCAGGCAUCCUGCUGCUGGAGGAGAACUUGCUGCAAGCUGUUGUCCACGAACCUCCCGCAAAAAGGUCACAAGGACGCAGAGAAAUCCCCCCAGACACCAAUAAAUGGAUCCACCUUGCAAGGCUUUACAGGUCUUUGGAGGAUUAUGACGUUGUGCGCAGCAUCUUUAGUGGUAAAGUCGGGACCAAGUCGAUCACCUGUGCUGCGCUUCAAGCUGAAGCCAGCACUGACUUUGCAGAAGCUGUAAAGCUUUACAAUGAGGCCCUCAACACUGAGGAUUGGAGCGAUGGUGAGCCCACUGACUCAGAGAAGGACUUCUGGGAAAUUGCAGCUAUGGAUGCCUACAGUCAUUUGACUGAGUGGAAGUCUCUUCAAUACUGUUCCACUGUGAACAUAGAUGAAAACUCCCCACCCAACCUUGAAAGGAUGUGGUCAGAGCCUCUCCACCAGGAAAUGUACCUGCAGCACAUGAUUCGCAGCAUGCUGAAGCAGCUGCAGCUGGGUGAGAUGGACCAAACUCUUCUCAGCUUCGUCGACAAGGCCAUGAGGGUGGAGGAGCGCAAGAAGCUCCUGGAAAGUCAUUACAGCCAAGAGCUCAGCUUGCUCUACAUCCUGCAGGAGGACUACGACCGUGCCAAAUACUACACCAACUACGCCAUGCAGCUCUUUAUCGAGAGUUACUCCAGUGUGGACACACUGCUCACUCAAAGUCGACUGACGGUGCUGCAGUCAGUGCAGGCCUUAACUGAGAUCCAGGACUUCCUGCAGUUCAUCAGAGGAGAGGUGUCUAUGAGCGGCCUCAAGUGGCUCAUCAGAUUAUGGACGGAGCGGUAUCCUGACGCUAAAGUAGAUCCAGUGAACGUAUGGGAUGACAUCAUAACGUCCCGAUGCUUCUUCUUGGACAAGAUCAGGGAAAAGCUGAGAGGCCACGCACCCAGUGACAGUAUGGAGGUGGAUGGUUCAGAAGACCCAGCAGACGACGUCGACACAUUAGUAAACGACUGCAAGUUCAACAUGAAGCUGCACAUGGCUAAUAGUGCAUGGGAGCAGAAUAACUUUGCCGUUGCUACCAAGCUGCUGAAGAAUCUUCACAGAGAAGCCAAAACAAAGAGAGGCUUGUUGAUGCCGUGGGUCCACAGUUUUAGCCACUACAGCCAGAGACGCAGCCGGGCCCAGGGUCCUGUGGAGCAAAUCAGUGCCAUGCUGAAGACUAUCCCACUCCUGGAGGAUCUGGAGCCUGACUGUGAGAGUGCCACAGCUAAAGUAUUCAGAUAUCAGAAGGUGCUCCAGGGUACGUCCUUCAACAUCCUGGCCACAGCUGUAGGCAGAAGCCCCUCGGUCCUGGGAACUAUUGACCGUGACAAAGCAGAGAGAGUUGUAAGGCUGUCUGGAGCUGCUUGGCCCAUUGAAAACCCAAAGGAAGUGGAGGUGGGGCUGCAGUUACAGGCACUGAAGCUGCUUUGUGAUGGCACCAGAAAGGCGGAUGAAGAGCUUCAAUCUUACAGUCAGGACUGUGUGGAAAGCAGCAGCAUCACUGAGACAUACAUGGCUUUGGCGAACUUCUGUGACAAACGACUACGAGAGGAGGAGCAGAGUGAUGCCGAUGGUCAGUUUCCAGACCUGUUGAUGCUUCCUGUUCACGUAGUGCAGAGCAUGUUGAAAGCGCUGAAGAUGAAUUCGGAGGAGGCUCGCCUCAAGUUCCCACGUCUGCUGCAGCUCAUUGAGUUGUACCCCUCUGAGACACUGGACCUCAUGACAAAAGAGAUGACGUCAUUUCCCUGCUGGAUGCUGAUUAGUUGGAUCAGUCAAAUGGUUGCCCUGUUGGACAAGCCGCAAGCUGUGGCAGUGCAACACUGCAUUGGGCAGAUAGCAGAGCGCUACCCGCAAGCCCUGGUUUACGCUCUCAUGAUCAGCAGUGAGAGUUUCCAGUUUGAGGACUCGGCCACGGGACAUCAGCAGCGGGAAUUUGUCAACAGGCUCAGGAACAUGCUGGAUAAGGGAGGAGCUGUGAAGAAGUUUGUGGAUGCACUGCAGCAGCUUACAAAUCCUGAUAUGAUUUUCAAGGAUUGGUGGGAUGAUGUGAAAAACGAAUUGGAAAAACCCAGCUUUAACAGGGAGCGGAUGGGUGACAUGUAUGACGAGAUGCACUCUUCACUCGGGGACCGAGCCGCAGAUGGUCACGGAAUGUUUCGCAAGAAAUUUAUCCAGAAAUUUGCUAAAGAUGUGGAGAAACUGCUGGGAGCUAAGGGCAGCAAGCUGUUUGAGAAGAGGAAAGACAAAGGCUUUGUGCGGCAGGUGGAUGAGCUGGCUUUGUCCAUGAAAUCCAUGCGUGGAUCUCACACGGAACCUGGGAACCUGAAGGAAUACUCGCCCUGGCUCAGUGGAUUUAAAGCAGACCCAUUCAGCAAUGAGCUGGAGAUCCCAGGACAGUAUGAUGGCCGAUCUAAACCUUUGCCAGAGUAUCACGCGAAAAUAACAGGCUUCGAUGAAAGGGUAAAGGUGAUGUCCUCCAUUCGUCGUCCCAAACGUCUCAUCAUCCGUGGGGAUGAUGAGCGGGAUCACCCCUUUCUGGUGAAGGGUGGGGAGGACCUCCGCCAGGACCAACGCAUCGAGCAGCUUUUCGCCGUCAUGAACAUUUUGUUGAGUCACGACUCCGUCUGCACACACAGAGGCUUGCAGCUUCGGACCUAUCAAGUCAUCCCCAUAUCCACAAGAAUUGGUCUGAUUGAAUGGAUGGAGAAUACCUGUACUCUGAAAGAAUUCCUGUAUAACACGAUGACUAAGGAGGAACAGCUAAGAGCACCGGGGUCUGUUGAAGUCUACAAUAGAUGGCUCUCAACCUUUGCUACAAAUAAAAAUGACAUUAGUAUCGCACUAUAUGGUUUGGCUUACAAGAAAGCAAAACGUGCUGAUGUGGUCAGCAACUUCUUGAAAGUGUUGCAGCAUGUGCCCAGUGAUCUGCUGAAGAGAGCUUUCCUGAAGAUGAGCAACAGUCCCGAGGCCUUUCUUUCCCUGCGAUCUCACUUCAUCAGCUCUCAUGCUUUGCUCUGUGUGAGCCACUGGAUUCUUGGUAUCGGAGACCGGCAUCUCUCCAACUUCAUGAUCAGCAUGGAAACAGGAGGCAUGAUCGGCAUCGACUUCGGUCAUGCAUUUGGUUCAGCCACACAGUUCCUCCCCGUGCCGGAGCUUAUGCCUUUCCGGCUGACAAAACAGUUUGUGAAUCUGAUGCAACCCUUGAAGGAGUCGGGUUUGAUCCAGGGUGUCAUGGUUCACUCCCUGCGAGCCUUCAGGGCUCAGCCGGACCUUUUGCUUAACACCAUGGAUGUGUUCGUCAAGGAGCCUUCGCUGGACUGGAAGAACUUUGAGCUGAAACAGCUGAAGAAAGGAGGCACGUGGUCAGAGAACGUAAACACCAAAGAAAUCAACUGGUAUCCCUUACAGAAAGUAAACUUUGCCAGAAGAAAACUCGAAGGAGCAAAUCCAGCUGCAGUAACCAGUGAGGAGCUGAAACUGGGCUUUGAGAAGGACGCUGCCUUUGCGGGGAUGCAGUCCGUGGCCUUGGGAAGUGAGGAGCACAACAUUCGUGCUAAACUUCCAGCUGAAGGCUUGUCGGUGGAGAAGCAGGUGGACUGUCUGCUUGACCAGGCCAUGGACCCAAAUGUGCUUGGCAGGGUUUGGGUGGGCUGGGAGCCAUGGUUCUGAUUCUUUGAUCAGUCAAAGUUAAUUUCUAAAUAUUCAUGGGUUGUGGAAAUGUGUAGGAAAGGCAAUCGGUUUGUAUUGUGUAGUGGUCUUUGAAGAUCCUUAUAGUCUCAAAUGUUUCCUCUCGCCUGUGGAAAAAAAAGUUUUCAUGUCUUGAGUCAUGGCAGAGUUUGUAAGGCAGGAUCUGAAUGUUAUCUCAUACUGAACAACCAAGAUAUUUGAAGAAGGAUGUUAUUUGUAAUACUUUUUUUUUUUUUAAAUAAUUCUGAGACAUUGUGGGUAUUUUGGCAAUUUCUUACAUUUCAACUCUAUUUGAAGUUAAUACCACACAAUAAACAAUAAAUACCUCUGCAAUAUCACAAAAAAAAUUAUUUAACCAGCUGCCAAGCUUUUUGAACAUGCCCUUGUGUUGAUUGUCAUACAAUUCAAGAGAAGUACCUGGCGGGUUACUUAAGACCAGCAGAAUGGAAGGAGGACACCGACAGCAGGUACCAUGGAAAAAAGGUACGGUGGCCCUAAGAGCUCAACAUACAGCAAUGUAUGUAAAAUACAGGAAAGAUGUAAGCAAAUGAAAAACAACUUCACCUCCAGUCUGGCAACACAUGCACUGCAUUUCUUAAGGGAAAAAACAGAAAAAUGGACGGGGAAAAAAGAGUAAAGGCCCAGAUUAAGGUUAAGGAGAUAUGAUGAAAUAGUUAUUCUCUGCCAAAAUCACAAAUUCCUUUUUGCUCUAUUUAAUUGCAAAAUCCCUAAUUGAAUUUUCCAUCUUUCCAUCUCCAAUCUUCCACUGUACAGGGGAGUUGUGCGUGGGGGGAGAGGGGGAUGAUUAGUUAGAUCCAACCUUUCACUUGACAUUCAUUUUUGUGAAUGUGUGACUUUAAUCUUGAGAUUUUCUGAUUUAUUUAAUUUCCCAAACUAACCACUUUAUAAUCUCAGAAUGUGCUGAUUUUUGUCUAGUCAAAAGAAAUUCUGAUCUUAUCAAAUUUUAUUUUUGUGUAUUUGGCUGUUUUCUCGUUAUUUGCAGCUUCUUUUAUGUAUUUUUGGUUGCGCUUCCUCAUUGUGGUGCAUUUCUUUGGUAAAAUGCUGAAUAUGUUUGUUUAAUUGGUAAAGACGUUUUCUUCCUUGCGCUUCCUUAAGUUGCAUUUGUGUCAAUCUCAGGACCACCGCAGAAAUGGCUGAUUGGUUGGUGCAAAGUUCAAAUCUAGUGGUUUGGAUAUGGUUGGUUAAUCUGAGCUGGUUGAAGAAAAUUACAGAUCCAUAGGUUCAACUCUGCUCAGCACCGACUCAGGCAAAUCAAUCAGGCAAUUGUCAUUUUAGACUAACAAAGUUGGAGAGGGGUGUUUUACCCCGUGCAUCAGAAUAAAGGAGGGAUUAUUUGGUAGUAAAAGAGGGUUAUAACAACCGUAUGGAAAUAUGACGUACGCUCAACCUACUUCAUACUUACCUUGUACAAGGAUGAAUGGAUUGGUAAUAAAUGCAGCAAGUCAA